AUGAUGCUGGUGGUCCUGCUGGGACUCGGCUGGCUGUGCGCCCCCCUGGGAGCCCUGGCUAUGGAUUUCAGCGUUAAGAACUCUGCUGAUGAACAAGGGGCCCAGGAGGACUCAUGGUGUGUGUCUGACGAAGACUGCGGUGCUGGAAAAUUCUGCGUCAGACUUUGGAAUGAGAAACCGUUCUGUGCCACCUGCCGUAGAACACGGAGGCGGUGCCAGCAUGUCAACAUGUGCUGCCCCGGGAUGCUCUGCGUGAACAAUGUCUGUACUCUACGGGAAGACAUACGGCCAAAGGUGGAGAGGGGGACAAAGGCGCACACAGUUCAGCAAGACAAACACACGAGGAAGCCAAGUAUUGGAACGCCACCACCCGAGAAGGCACGAAAGGGACAAAAGUGUCUCACAAGUUUAGACUGCAGGCCUGGACUUUGCUGCGCUCAUCAUUUUUGGAACAAAGUCUGUAAACCGCAGCGACAGGAGGGAAAGGUCUGCUCUGGGAGGGAUUACAACUUUGGCCCAGUUCUGGCUCAGUUCCAGCGCUGUAAAUGUAAGGCCGGGCUAGUGUGUCGGAGUCAGGUGGCUCAUCGACACUGCGGACAGUUGCAAGUGUGCCAGAAACCCUAA